AUGCCAUCAAAGAAGGAAGAAAUUGCUUCGCAACUCGCCGACCUGACGGCACGCAUCGUGCAGAUUGAGUCAAGUAUUUCACUGAUAUCUUCACGGAUGAUUCAGAACGAAUUGGUCCAAAAGGACUUGCAACACCAAAUCACGGAUGUCACAACUACUAUGGCAAAUUUAGUGCAACCAGUCAAAUCGCCAAUCCCAAAGCAGUCGUAUCAGCCUUUUUUAGACGAUUUGAAGCGAUUCACUGAGAAAGAGACGUGCACUGUCAUCUACGACUCGAACAAAGACGGGAUGACAUCUAGG